CAGAUGUAGAAUCAGCUCACCCUCACCUUAAUCUAAACGUUUACCACAAGUAGUACAAACGCAAAACUGACCUUAGAUCAGCGGUUAGGGACAUCUUCAGUUUAGUGUGGCAGCCAUUUUAGCUGAUUAUAGUAAUUUGCCUUCUUGUUCGUCCCCAGAGCAUGGAGGACAGAAGAAGAACACCACAGACGACUGCUGUCUACAGACUUUCUCUAACAUCUCUGAGCCCCUAGUCUUUAGGUUAGCAUGGUGACUCUGAAACACCUUAGUGUGGAGGAUCCAGAUGACUACAGCUCUCCUCCGGUGCCUGAUGCUGACUUCACUGAGAUAACAGCUGUUACAGUUACACACAGGAGACCUACACCUGACACCAGGGAGAUGCUACUCAGCAGGACUAACAACCUAGCCUUGAGUCUAGUACUGCUGGUGGGAUGCUACUCUGCUAUCCUGGUCCCUGCUCUUAUACCUUCAGACCCUCUGUCAGGGGCUAACGACAACCAACACACUGACAUGGUAUUACUAAACCGCUCUGCCUCCCUGCUUGUGCAGCCCUGCCAUCCGGGCUGGUGUGUGUCUCGUCUCCUCUCCCUGGACUCCUCCUCAGACCUUCAGAACAUCCCUGUGUUCCUCCAGUCGGGGAUUGCAGCAGACAGGCCUAUUCCCUGGGACUUGGCUCCUCCCCUGGGCCUCCAGGGCUGUGACGAGAGGGUGGCUAGGGCCCUGGCCUCUCUAACUCAUCCAGGCCUGCCCCCAUCCCUGGGGGGGAGAGGUAGGGGUGGGGGCUGUAGGAGGUGUGUGGUGGUGGGCAGUGGAGGGGUGCUACAUGGCAGCCACCUGGGAUCCCAUAUUGACCAGUAUGAUGUCAUCAUCAGGAUGAACAAUGCCCCAGUGUCAGGGUUUGAGAGGGACGCAGGCUCCAGGACCACUGUCCGUUUGAUGUACCCAGAGGGAGCUCCCCUUUCCCCCAGCGAGUACAGACACACCUCCCUGGUUACCCUGGUGGUCUACAAGUGCCUGGACCUGGACUGGCUCACCUCUGUCAUCACCAAGCAGCCUCUGAGCUGGUGGUCCAAGCUGUGGUUCUGGAGAGACAUAGUGGAGAACAUUCCUCUGAAGCCGGAGAACAUCCAGAUACUCAACCCAGAGAUCAUGCACAAGACAGGCAUAGCACUGCAGAGAUACACACAGCAACAGAGGAAGUUAGUUCCUACGUUAGGUGCCAGUGCGGUGGUGAUGGCCCUACAGCUGUGUGAUGAGGUGAGCCUGGCAGGGUUUGGUUAUGACCUGCAGCAUCCCGGUGCCAGACUACACUACUAUGAGAGUCUAAGUAUGGACGCCAUCAAGGCCCAGGUAGUACAUGAUGUGAACGCUGAGAAGCUCUUCCUCAGAGAGCUAGUGGCUGCAGGAGUCUUGACUGACCUCACAGGGGCGCUGUGACAAAGAGACAGUACCAGGGAUGGACCCUGUUCUACCAGUUGUGGUUGGAGGUUAACUGCCUUGCUCAAGGACAGAACGGCAGAUUUUUCCACCUUGCCGGCUCGGGGAUUCGAACCAGCGACCUUUCUUAACAACCCCUGGUUCCUUUUCCUAGCAUGAUGAUUCAACCAAUCAAGGCUUAGUUGAAAUAUGUACUAUUAUUAUAUACUAUAUUAUGCACUAUAAAAAUGUAUGCACCCAUUACUGUAAGUCGCUUUGGAUAAAGGUGUCUGCUAAAUGUCAUAUGUAAUUAUUAUAUAUUAAAUGCCCAAAGCAGCCGUUUGUAUAUCGAUAUCAAAUCAUUUCU